CCGCUUUAUACCUCUUCUUUCCUUUCUCUCCCCGCUUUCUCCUCUUUCUCUGUGUGCGUGUGUCUUUGCUCUCUGUGUUUCUGUGGAAGAUGGGGGAAGACGAGUGGGUUAGAGAGGCUAUGACGGACGAUUGGAUGGUGGCGGAACUGCUGAUGCGGCUCCGCCAGUCGAAAGAGCAGGCGUCGUUGUUGGCGAAGAGACUGGUGGUCGUGUUGCCUGAGUGGGGGAUGAGGCAACCGCGGUCGAGGCAGAUUCUGAGAUGCAGUACCGUUCAGGCGAAGAAGGAAGGGGAGUCGACGAGGGCCAGUCCGACGACGCCACUCUCCUGGAGUGGGGGUAUGUCUUUAAGCGGUAGCGGCACUGUCGAUUGUUACGAGGAGUCCAGCUGUCCUGUGAAGCGCAAAAGCGUUGUUAGAUCUAAGGUUAUUUCUACUGGUGAAAAUAGCGGAAGAAGGUCAAGAAAAAAGAAGACAUACGCAGAACUUAAGGAGGAGGAGAGUGAGUUGUUGAAGGAAAGGAUACAUUUAAAGAAGGAGUUAGCAACACUUAGAACCGACUUUGGGGAACAGAGGGCUUGGAAUGUGAAAUUGAAGAAAAUGAAGGUGAAGUCCAUCUUCCUUUCUCUUCAUUCUCUCCUAACUGUCAAAUUAUUUGGUGCAAAACCUACUGAAUUGUCAGAACAAGACUCAAUCAUGUGCAAAUUACCUGUGCAACUUGAUUUUCAGCUCCAACCAGCAAAAGAAGAAGCUACAAAUGUUGACUUGAAGGAAGGAGAUUGUGAUGUACUCAACCAGGAAGAGGCUUAUUCAGUUGAUCACUUUCCUUCAGUCUUGCCAAAACAGGACGUAUCUGAUGAACGUGAUGCUGUUGCAUUCCCAUCUUCUGUUCCUGAUUCUUGUAGAAUACAAAAGGAGGAUGGUGACAAGGCCGAUAAUUUAUUUGUGCUACCUGAUCUGAAUCUACCUUUGGAUGAGGACUCAAACUCUGAGGUAUUAUAUGGAAUAAGCUGAUUAAAGGAAAGACGAGUUGUUUAUGGAUAAUCUUCUUAAAAAGCUGGUUGGUUUGAUGGGUUCAAGAUCAGCAACUAUAUAUAUAUAUAUA